GGUAAAGGAAGAGUCUGGUGACUUCGUUUCCCAGCGAAGGGAAAACUGAAAAUCUGACUUGCGAUUGUCUAGUUUUGUAAUCGGAAAGUUGCGAUCCGGUUGACGGUGAAGUAAUCGAUUAGCGGCCUAAAUCUGUCGAAGAGUCUUUCUAGAAGUUGAUUUUAACCCUAUUGACAGGUAUGGUGCUAAACCAGUUAGUAGCUAGAGAGAUCAUUAGCUUCAAUAGUUGUUUACAAUUCAAGUAUUGUGAAAGCACCACACCAAAAGUUUAUAAUUACUGAAUUUAGAAGUUGCAGUCUUCCAGCGAGAGAUAGAUACUUUGUAGUCCAGGCGCCUAUUUUUGAUCUAAUGGCUUUGCAUAAGCAAAAUAUGUUCAAUGAUUCAAUCUCGAGUCAUCUUAACCCGAGAUAAGACAUCAUUUAUAGCUUUCGAUGUUAUCGAUUCAACAAUGUCUUAAAUUAUUUAUCUUGUCCAUGUUGGUAGGGUUUUGUUCAUUUUUAACGCAAGAAAGUCCAUUCAUAAAAAACAAAAAAAAAUGUACCAAGAAAAUCUUCAUAAGCACCGGCCAAAAAGGAAAAACAAAUAGUUGAAAAGUCUUGAGAAUUAUUUGAAGAGUUCUGACUUGUGAAACAAACGAGUUAUCUUGACAAAAUAAGAUUUGUGAUUAAGUCAAUAGAUAGGAAACUUCCUCAACUCCGAAAACUCCGGGAAACUAUGGUGAUAUUGCUAAGAAACGGUGAGACCUUACUUCUCCUCUGUUUUUCUUUUCACAAUCUCAAUGACUAAUCUCUUAAGUCUUUGUUCUUCUUGAAAUUAGUUUCCUCCCUCUCUGUUCUAUGGCUCUAUGUUCUUGGAAUUAGCUUCGUCCUCUUCUCUCUCUAUGGCUCAAUGUUAUUCUUGAAAAUAGUUUCAUCCCCUCUCUCUCUAUGGCUCUAUCUUCUUUUUCUUCUUCUUCUUCUUCUUCUCGCAAAUGGGAAAAUGACCUCUUCCUGAGCUUCAGCGGAGAAGACAUCCGCAAAAGCUUCCUCAGUCACUUUUAUAAGGAGCUUGAUCGGAAACCGAUCCUUGUUUUCAAAGACAACGAGAUCAAGAGAGGCAUAUCCCUCGGUCCCAAGCUAAAACGGGCGAUUAGGGAUUCAAGAAUUGCAGUCGUUAUCUUUUCCAGAAAGUAUGCCUCUUCAAGCUGGUGUCUUAACGAGUUGCUGGAAAUUGUGAGAUGCAAGAAAGAGUUUAGUCAAGUGGUGAUUCCCAUUUUCUUCCAUUUGGAUCCUACCCAUGUAAGGAAACAGACCGGAGUCUUUGGAAUGAAUUUUGAAAAAACUUGCCACAACAAAACAGAGAAAAUGAAGAUUCGAUUGAGAAGAGCUUUGACCGAAGUAGCUAAUAUCACCGGGUAUCAUUCUUCUGUGACAUGCAAAAACGAAGCAAAAAUGAUUGAGGCCAUCAUCGCUGAUGUUUUGGGUGAACUAGCUUUAACGCCAUCAAAGGAUUACGAGGACUUUGUCGGCAUCGAAACUCAUAUCGCAAAAAUGAACUUUUUGUUGCAUUUGGAAGCGAAGGAGGUGAGGAUGGUUGGGAUAUGUGGUCCCUCCGGAAUUGGUAAGACUUCCAUUGCAAGAGUUCUAUUCAACCGACUCUCCCGUCGCUUCAGAUGUAAUGUUUUCAUUGAUAGGGCUUUUCUGUCUAAGAGUAUGGAACAUUAUAGUGGAGCCAAUCUGGGCGACUAUAACAUGAAGUUGCAUUUACAAGGAAUUUUUCUUUCGGAAAUUUUGGGGAAAAGAGACAUUAAAAUAUGUCAUUUAGGUGCAGUGGGAGAGAGGCUAAAGAACCACAAAGUUCUUAUCUUUAUAGAUGAUUUGGAGUAUCAAGUCGUCUUAGAUACCUUGGCAGGUCACACUGAUUGGUUUGGAUGUGGGAGUAGAGUCGUUGUGAUUACAAAAUAUAAGCAUCUCCUGAAAGCCCACGGGAUUGGUCGUAUCUAUGAAGUUCCUCUCCCAUCUAAUCCUCUUUCCCUUCAAAUAUUAUGUCAAUAUGCCUUUAGGCAAAACCAUCCACCUGAUGGUUUUAUGGAGCUUGCUUCCGAAACUUCAUUGCGUGCGGGUAAUCUUCCAUUGGUUCUUAAUGUUUUGGGUUCGCAUUUGCGGAGUAGAGACAAAAAAUACUGGAUGGAUAUGUUGUUGAGGUUUGGAAAAGGUCAACAUGGUAACAUUGAGGAGACACUAAAGUUGAGCUACAAUGGGUUAAAUAAAAACGAUGAAGCAAUAUUUCGUCACAUUGCAUGUUUCUUCAAUGGUGAGGAAGUCGAUGAUAUCAAGUCACUACUAGCAGAUAGUGACUUGGAUGUUAAUAUGGGGAUUAAAAACCUAGUUGAUAAAUCCCUUAUCAAAGAAACGUGCAAUACCGUGGAGAUGCACUCUUUGAUACAAGAAAUAGGCAAGGAGAUUAACCGUACACAGUCUAGUGAGCCUGGAGAAAGAGAAUUCAUUGUGGAUUCGAAAGAUGUUUUCACUAUACUUGAAGAUAACACUGGUACUGAAAACGUUUUAGGUAUAUCAUUGGAUAUAGAUGAGACUGAUGAACUGCAUAUUCAUGAGAGUGCCUUCAAAGAGAUGCGUAAUCUUCAAUUUCUAAGGAUUUCUACCAAGGAGAACAAAGAAGUUAGAUUGAACUUACCAGAAGACUUCGAUUAUUUACCACCUAAGCUCAGAUUACUGAGUUGGAGAGGUUACCCGCUUAGAUCUAUGCCAUCUACAUUUUGUCCUCAAUCCCUUGUUAAGCUCGAAAUGAGGUACAGCUAUUUCGAGAUGCUGUGGGAUGGAGUUCAACCACUUACUACGCUCAAGAAGAUGGAUUUGUGGGGAUCCAAAAACCUGAAAGAAAUCCCUGAUCUUUCAAUGGCCACAAAUCUCGAGACACUUAAUUUAGGGGCUUGCUCGAGUUUGGUGGAGCUUCAUUCCUCUGUGCAGUAUCUCAAUAAACUGAAGAGAUUGAACUUGUCAUAUUGCGAAAAUCUGGAGACUCUUCCUACCAACUUCAACCUCCAAGCUCUGGACUGCCUCAAUCUCUUUGGAUGCUCAAGCAUAAAGAGCUUUCCUGAUAUCUCAACCAACAUCUCAUAUCUCAAUCUAAGUCAAACCAGGAUUGAAGAGGUUCCUUGGUGGAUCGAGAACUUCACUGAGCUGAGGACGAUAUAUAUGUGGAAUUGCGAUAAAUUGGAGUAUGUAACCCUAAACAUUUCCAAACUCAAACAUCUUGCGAUCGUUGACUUUUCAGACUGCGGGGCAUUGAAAGUAGCUAGCUUGAAUGAUAGUCCAAUAACGGUGGAAAUGGCAGACAAUAUUCACUCGAAGUUACCAUUCUAUGUCGAGGUUUCCUCUUCUCUUCCAUAUGAUCAUUUCCCAAGAGUCGAGCUCGAUUUCCUCAACUGCUUCAAGUUGGAUCAAGAAGCUCUUCUUCAGCAACAAUCAGUUUUCAAGAGACUAAUCUUGCCAGCUGAUCAAGAAGUGCCUUCGUAUUUCACUCACCGUACUACUGGGACCUCUAUGACCAAUAUCCCUCUACUUCAGACAUCUCUCUCUCAACCAUUCUUCAGGUUUUUGGCUUGCGCGGUGGUAGAUUCUGAAAUUAUUUCCAUAGAUCAUAUUUCAUUUCUCAUCGAGGUAAAUUGUCAGUUCAUAGACGGACUUAGGAACCACUUUGGUUCUGCUUAUUGGCCUAUGUACUUCGCGGCAGCACCGUUGGGUAGUCAUCUUGUUAUAUUCAACUGUAGCUUACCUCUAAACGGUGACUAUGCUUAUCUAGCUAAACGUCACUACGAUCACGUGGAUAUACAGUUUCGUCUCACUGAUGACUACUCUCAGAUCAAAUUAAAAGGAUGUGGUAUAAGACUCUAUUAGGAUUGAACUCCACCUCCGGAUAUUCUUGCACAUGUUUGUGAAGCCUAUGAAAUCAACAGAGUCAGUGAAACUUCAGGUCAAGUGUGUAGAGACAGAGAAGAAGAAGCAAAUCAAGUUUUUGUAGAGUAUGUGAAGGGACUAAUCAAGAAGCGAGAUGAUGAUUGAUGACAGUGAAUCUGGAGACUCUGUUAGGGUUCUAGGUGGAAACAUCCAAUGCAAUGUAAAAGGACUUCAUGUGAAGAGACUGCACAAAAUGUAACAACGAAGAAGAGUGAAGCGAUUGUGGAGAAGCCCUUAAAAUUUAAGAGUUGUUUUCUGUAUUUUUCCAUUUUUUUAGUUAUUGAAAUUUUUUGGAUUUAAUCUUGUUUUGUUUUAUUUUGGAUUGAGUGAUUGGUUUUAAAACUAUAGGUUUCUGGAUUUUAAGAUGAUUGAUACAGAAUCAGGUUCUAUCUCCUAA